UAUUUUUCAUGGACCGAAUAAUUUAAAUUCAUUAUUGUUUAAUGUAAUGAAUAAACCUUGAUACUACUUGAUAAAGUAGUAAAGAAAUCAUCUAGUUGAUCUAGUGCUACCACGCAGUAGCGACUUGUGCGUCACUCUCGAUAAUAUAAUGUUACGAAUACUUCAUAAUUGCCGUUAUCAGUAUUUAAGUAGAAAUUUAAGCUAUUCCGUGGAAGAUGAUUACAAGGCAGCUGUCACAGCUUUAAAUUUAUUACAAAGCAACAAGCAAACCUUAGCUGACCCCAAGACUCGCCAAUUCCCCGAAUCAAAACGUCACAAAGUUAUUGAUUUUUUGUCAAAAUGCGGAAUAGAUAUCAACACGCUGGAGCAAAAAUUAUCCGUAAUUCACGUAUCCGGAACCAAAGGCAAAGGUUCAACUUGCGCUUUCUGCGAGUCAAUUUUACGCCAACACGGAUACAAAACCGGAUUUUUUUCUUCGCCGCAUCUUGUCUCAGUCCGUGAAAGAUUUAAAAUAAAUGGCCAAUCAAUCAGCCAACGAAAAUUCACUACUUAUUUCUGGGAAGUUUACCAAAAAUUGAGUACUAAUGAGAGCCAGCAAAGUGAACCUGAUAUGCCACCGUAUUUCAUGUUCCUGACAGUAAUGGCGUUUAAAAUAUUUAUCGAAGAAAAAGUACAAGUAGCAAUAAUUGAGGUAGGGAUUGGUGGAGAAUACGAUUGCACCAAUAUCCUCGGGAACACAGCCGUAGUUGGAGUUAGUUCUUUAGGAUACGAUCACAUCGCUUUGCUGGGAAAAAGCAUAGAAGAAAUAUCCUGGCAGAAAGCUGGUAUCAUGAAGCCGAACUGUAUUGCAAUAACAACAUCCGAUCAACCGGCAAAAGCUAUGGAAGUGCUGAAAAAAAGAGCAGAAGAAAGAAAAUGUGCUUUAUUCGUCGCUCCAAAACUUGAAGAAUACGAUUGUAAUGAGAAAAUAAUUCUGGGAAAUAGUGGUCCUGCUCAACCUAUCAAUGCCUCGCUUGCCAUGCAGUUAGCUAAUGCUUGGAUGUAUCCAUUUAAAUACAAAAACAACCUUUGUAGUACGGCUCCAACUUUUCCAUUAUGUGAUGAAAUUUUCACCGGUUUAAAAAAUUGUCGCUGGCCUGGCAGAACUCAGAUAAUUAAACGACCGAGUGAAUUAAUUUAUUACCUAGACGGUGCUCAUAAUUUGGAAAGUAUUCAAUUAUGCGUUGAAUGGUUUCUAAAAACAGUACCACCCCAUUCAAAAAAAGCUUUAAUAUUUAAUAUGAUCGGAGACAGAGAUCCUGGUACUUUAAUGAAGCACUUGAUACGUUGUAAUUUCGAUUACGCUUUUUUUUGUCCAAAUGUUAUCGGCCAAAAGGAUACUUUAACAUCAGAUUUCGCAAGCUUGAAAAACACUUUUGAUGAAGAAUAUGCUCAAAGUCAGAAAUGCCAUAAGCACUGGUUAGAGCUUAAUGAAAAUUUCAACGACGAUAAUGCAAAAUGUUUUCGCAACGUUGGAGAAACAUUUCGCUAUAUUGAAGAGAAUUUGAGUACUUCGGAGCUAAACGUAUUGAUUACUGGUUCUUUGCAUUUAGUUGGAGCUUUUCUAAGCAUUUUAGAUCCCGAAUUGAAGUACAGUGAAAAUUAAUUUAAUUCAUUUUUAUUUUACCUUAUUGUUAUGUUGGAUAUUUUUAUUCCGAUUCCAUUUUUGUGUGUAAAGCUCGUGUAAAGUUACCUUUGUAAAGAUGUGUGCUAUGUACUUCAUAUACUUUUUUUUUAUACAAAGGAUUUUAAUAAAAUAUAUUCUAUUUUUAUAAAACAUA